AUGUCUUUCUAUCUAUCUAUCUCAGUCUAUCCUAUCUGCUUUUAUCUAUCUAAUGAAUCUAUCAUCUAUCUAUCCCAAUCUCUUCUUCUAUCUAUCUAUCUAUCUAUCCAUCUUUUAAUAUUUGAAUCUAUCUAUCUAUCAGAUCUUUUUUCAAUGAAUCUAUCUAUUAUUACAGUUCGCUUUAAGUUCAAUGUCUAUCUAUCUGUCUAUCCUUUUCUAUCAUCUGUCUACUUUUUAAUCUCUGUCUAUCCGGAUGAUACCUUGAUUCUAUCCUCUUUCUAUCUAUCUAAUUCCUUUCUAUCUCUAUCCGAUCUAUCUUUUAAUUCCAAUGAAUCUAUCUAUCUGUCGUUCUCUUUUCAUUCAAUCUAUCUAUCUAUCUAUCUAUCUAUCUUUUCACAGUCAUUGAAUCUAUCUAUCUAUCAAAUUCUUUUCAUUCGUAGAUCUAUUUAUCUAUCCGAAUCUUUUUAUUCAAUUUUUAAUAUCUGGCAUCGAUCUAUCAAUUCAAUUAAUAUCUGUCUAUCGAUUCCCUAUCUAUCUAUCUAUCUAUCUAUCUAUCUAUCCGAAUCUUUUAAUUCAAUAAAUCUAUCUAUCUGUCUAUCUAUCCGAUCCUUUUUAUUCAUCUAUCUUUUAAUUCUAUCUAUCCUAUCUAUCAGAAGUUUUAAUUUAUCUAUCUAUCCAUCUAUCUUCACUUUGUUUAAUUCCUAUCUAUCUAUCUCUCUUUCAUAUCUGUCUUCUCUUUUAAUUAAUAUCUAUCUAUCUAUCCCAGUCUUUCCUCUAUCUAUCUAUCUAUCUAUCCCAUCUAUCUAUCUAUCUAUCUUUAAUUCUAUCUAUCUAUCUAUUCCACUAUCUAUCUAUCUCUAUCUAUCUAUAGUCUUUUUUAUUCAAUGUAUCUAUCUAUCUAUCUGUGACUUUUUAUUCAAUGAAUCUAUCUAUCUAUCUGUGACUUUUUAUUCAAUGAAUCUAUCUAUCUAUCUAUCGUCUUUUAAUUCAAUGAAUCUAUCUAUCUAUCUAUCUGAGUCUUUUAAUACAAUCUAUCUAUCUAUCUAUCUAUCACAGUCUUUUUAG